CAGUGGAGUUCAAGGUUGACUGCAGCUGCGUAGUGAACAUAUGAUCAGGAAAACAAACAGCACGCUGUCAAUGGGCACGAAUCAGCAUUUCUGAGGAGUGACAUGAUGUUUCGUGGUUUCUUCGUGAAGACCGUUAGCUUUGUUGGUUACACCGUCCAGUAUGGCUGCAUCGCUCACUGUGCCUUUGAGUAUAUUGGUGAAUUUGUGUCGUGUUCAGGACCGUCCAUGGAACCCACCAUCACUAACCACAAUGUGGUUUUCUCAGAACGAAUAAGCCGCCACCUCUGUCGAAUACAAAAAGGGGACAUUGUAAUAGCCAAAAGUCCUUUUGAUCCGAAGAUGAACAUCUGUAAAAGAGUGAUUGGACUGGAGGGGGACAAAGUCUGCACCAGUGGACCAUCUGAUAUCUUUAAAACACACACUUACGUACCAAGAGGGCAUGUGUGGCUGGAAGGCGAUAACCUUCGCAAUUCCACAGAUUCCCGAAGCUAUGGCCCAAUUCCCUAUGCCUUGAUCCGAGGACGUGUUUGCUUAAAGUUGUGGCCACCUCAUAGUUUUGGCGUAUUGGCCGAAAGUCCAAAUGACGGGCGCAUUUUAUGAAGAAGCCAUGUUCAUGUAGUCACAAUGUAAAUUAUAUAUUUUUUUGGUGUUUUAAAAUAAAUUCUUAUUUAUAAUUAU